CAGAGCAAAGUCAUGAGGGCAUUUUUAGACAACACCUUGCUCUCACUGAUGUUGUUUUCCUGCUUCUCCUCUGCUGUGUCCUCCUCUCUUUAUUCCUCCUCUUGUCAGUUACAGGGACAGUUUCAUCUGAAUCGUAUGUACAAAACUGGAGAUGUGAUUCUAGGUGGGAUUUUUGCAAUCAACUUAUUUUCUGCUGAUUCUGACCUGACUUUUACCUCAGAGCCACAGCUGCCUACCUGCUAUGGGAUUGAUAUCACAGGAUUCAGACAGGCUCAGACCAUGGCCUUUGCUAUCAAUGAGAUCAACAGGAACUCAAACCUGCUGCCCAAUGUGACUAUGGGAUACAGUCUGUAUGAUAACUGCCUUCAAGUGGGGAUUGGAUUUCCUGCAGCACUGACCUUAGUCAGUGGUCAAGAAGAGCAAGUUACAUUAGAGGAGAACUGUGUAGGAACUCCUCCAGUCCUAGGGAUUGUGGGUGAUACUACCUCUUCAAAUUCUAUAGCCAUUUCUACAGUCUUAGGUUUGUACAGAGUGCCUAUGGUGAGUUAUUUUGCCACAUGUUCCUGCCUGAGUGAUCGACAAAAAUUUCCAUCUUUCUUUAGGACGAUCCCAAGUGAUGCUUUUCAGGUAAAUGCUAUGAUUCAGAUUCUAAAACACUUUGGUUGGACUUGGGCAGGUCUGAUCAUCAGUGAUAAUGAUUAUGGAGUCCAUGCUGCCCGAUCCUUUCACUCUGACCUGGGUCCUGCUGGUGGAGGUUGUCUGGCUUAUACAGAGAGUUUGCCCUGGGGUUACAAUCCUGCUGAAUUGAGGAGGGUAGUGGAUGUUGUGAAGAAAUCUACAGCCCGAGUGGUGAUUGUGUUUGCAAAUAAGAGUCGCACAAUUAACUUCAUGAAAGAGGUGGUGAGGCAGAAUGUGACAGGCCUGCAGUGGAUUGGCAGUGAAACCUGGACAACAGCUGCUGUGCUCCAGACUCCUCACUUUACCCCGUACCUGGGUGGCACACUGGGCAUCUCCAUCCGUCGAGGAGAAAUACCAGGACUCAGAGACUUCCUGUUACAAAUACGUCCUGAUCUACAUCACAACAACACAGAUGGAAACAGCAGGGUGAAUCAGUUUUGGGAACACACAUUUCAGUGUAGAUUUGCACCACCUCCAGCAGGUUGGGUGGAAGCUGGAGGAGAAUUAUGCACUGGACAGGAAGUUAUAGAGACUAUGGAGAAUGAAUUAGUGGAUGUUUCAAACCUCAGGUCAGAGUAUAAUGUGUAUAAGGCUGUGUACGCUCUGGCGUAUGCUCUUGAUGACAUGCUGCAGUGUGAGCCAGGGAGAGGACCUUUCAGCAACAACACAUGUGCUCAUUUACAAAGACUGGAGCCAUGGCAGCUUGUGUAUUACUUGGAAAAAGUCAACUUCACCACAACAUUUGGUGAUCAAGUGUCAUUUGAUGAGAAUGGUGAUACCAUACCAAUAUAUGACAUCAUGAAUUGGGUGUGGCUCCCUGAUGGAAGAGCUAAAGUUCAGAGAGUGGGUGAGGUUAAAAGGUCAGCCUUCAAAGGUGAAGAACUCACACUGGAUGAAGACAAAAUCUUCUGGAACUUUGAAUCCAAACAGCCUCCUCGGUCAGUGUGCAGUGAGAGUUGUCCUCCAGGUACCCGCAUGGCCAGAAAGAAGGGGGAACCUGAGUGUUGUUUUGACUGUGUCCCUUGUUCUGGAGGAAAAAUCAGUAAUACAACUGACUCCAUGAAGUGCACCAGUUGUCCAGAGGAUUUCUGGUCCAGCCCCCAGCGUGACCACUGUGUUCCUAAGAAAACAGAGUUCCUCUCCUACCAUGAGCCUCUGGGUAUCUGCUUGACAACCAUCUCACUGUUGGGCACAUGUAUCUGUGUUGUUGUUCUGGGCAUCUUCAUCCAUCAUCACAACACACCUAUAGUUCGUGCCAACAAUUCAGAACUCAGUUUUCUUCUCUUGGUGUCACUCAAAUUGUGUUUCCUCUGUUCAUUGCUCUUCAUUGGACGACCCAAAUUAUGGACUUGCCAACUAAGACAUGCAGCAUUUGGUAUCAGCUUUGUGCUUUGUGUCUCAUGUAUCCUGGUGAAAACCAUGGUGGUUCUGGCUGUGUUCAGGGCCUCCAAACCAGGAGGUGAGUCUAGUCUCAAGUGGUUUGGUUCUGUGCAGCAGAGAGGGACAGUUCUGGUUCUGACUUCUGUUCAAGCAGCAAUCUGCACUGUCUGGCUUGUCUCUGCUUCACCAGUACCUCAUAAAAACACCCAGUAUCACAAUGACAAGAUAGUUUAUGAGUGUGCAGUUGGGUCCACAGUUGGUUUUGCAGUUUUACUUGGUUAUAUUGGUUUACUGGCUGUCAUCAGUUGUUUGUUAGCUUUUCUAGCAAGGAAUCUUCCAGACAGUUUCAAUGAGGCCAAACUCAUAACUUUCAGCAUGUUAAUCUUCUGUGCAGUGUGGGUGGCCUUUAUCCCUGCUUACAUCAGCUCACCAGGCAAAUAUGCAGAUGCAGUGGAGGUAUUUGCCAUCCUGGCCUCCAGUUUCGGCCUCUUGGUGGCGCUGUUUGGACCGAAAUGUUAUAUAAUCAUGUUGAGACCAGAGAGAAACACAAAGAAAGCUGUGAUGGGUCGAGGUACCACAAACUAAAAUUGUGACCUCUGCUGUCUCUCUGUCUAUCCUCUAUAUUUCAGAAUUGAGUGGUAAUUAUAAGAUUACAAUACACGUGAUACAAUUGAUAAAGAAAAAUUUAAACUAAAACUUAAAAUUAAAAUUAAAUUAAACUAUUUUAUUUUUCUUAUUCUUCCAAUGCUUGGAGUUCAUGUCAUUUUAUAUAACUACUUCUAGUAGGAAAAGUAACUAUUAUUUGUUAUUUAUUGUUUAUUUAUUAUUAUUUCACAUUUAUUUGAAAUCGAUACAGUUUGACCUGCUAAAUGUGGCACCAUGGUGUAUGAUUAGUGUGUGUAGCUUUAGGUUAAGUGUGUAAUUUCUAGUAACAUCUAGAAAAUAAGCUUGAGAUUGCAAUGAAGAAAUGCUUCACUUCCACUGAUCAGAAUGCCGUCAUCAUCUUCAGAUGAGGUUCCCGUUCAAGGACACAUUAUUAAAUUGUAAUUUUAUAAGCUAUUGAAAUGUAUGAUAGUGAAACUUAUUGUUAUUUUUCCACCUGGUGUUAGUGUUCUAUUGCUAAUGGUGGGAUAGCAAUAACUUGCCAGUCAGUCCCAUUUGAAUGAAGCAGCAUUGCUAGACAGUGUUGGUGCAGUGACAUGAAGAAGUGUCUUUGACAGGGUUUAGGAUGAUGACCUUUUUCACAUCUUUUAGAAACAACAGGAAUAUUAGAGCUAAAGCCACAAUUGAACACUUUGUGUUUAAUGUCAGAUGGGGAGGAUGUUCUCACCCGCCUGAGCACAGAGGUGGAGCAAACCAAAUGGUGAGGACUUUAUGAUGUUUCAUGUUGAAGUGGUUCACAUUUUGUGCUUUUGCAACGAUACCCAUACAAUAUAAACACUGCCCUGUGUUCUACUUACGGAUACAAAACUACAAACUACAUAUCACAAGUUCAUAGUAGCAGCCCAUGACUAAAUUAUUAUAAAGUGCUUAUUCUAAGCUGACGGAAAUAAUAAAUAAUGAUCAUAUGCUAAUUAU